AUGGAGAACACCCGGGUGUUUGUCAGUGGUCUUCCACCAUCUUGCUCUAAUGACCAGCUUCGCAAUCAUUUUGCAAGUCGGUUCACUGUCACAGAUGCCCAUGUCCUGCCUAGACGGCGAAUGGGAUUCGUCGGUUUUAAAAGCAAUGAAGUAGCUAACCAAGCUGUCAGCUACUUCAACAGGACAUAUAUGAAGAUGUCCAAGAUCACGGUAGAUCUUGCUCGACCGAUUGAUUAUAAACCCACAGAGAACAAUCAUCCUACACGGAAACGUGAUGCUGCAUCCAAUAUCUCAUCGGACAGUGUCCUCAAGCGCAAGCGAGAUGAGGAUGCUAAGUCCCAGGACCCUAAGCUACAAGAGUAUCUUGCUUUGACGCAAAGCUCGUCAAAAACCCGAACUUGGGCAAAUGAUGAUCAUAUGGCACAAGCAUCCGCAGAAUCAUCACUGCCUAUUAACCAGCCAAGUCAAGAUAAUUUCUCAGAAGAGGGACAGCCGUCGGAAGCCAAAAAAGCUCGGGUGCAAGAUAUCCCUGCCAGUUCCAGCACCAAACAAACCCAUCCCAUCUCGAUGGUUGGUAUGGAAGAUGAAGGGGAAGAAGAUAAGGCGAAAGAGACGGAGGAGACCGGGGCUGAAGCUGGUCCGGUAUCAGAUGCUGACUGGCUUCGCUCAAAGACAAGUCGUUUGUUGGGUUUGCUGGACGAAGAUGAACAGGCUGAGUUUGAGCAGCAUAAAGCUGAACAACCGGUUGAACCACGUAGUCCCAGCGAUGAUGAAUCUCGCACCGCGGUGAUUGAAAAUAUUGGCUCUGAGAACCAAGCCGAUACUUACAUGGACGAUGCAGUUGAAACACAGCCUGACCAUUCAGCGGAGCCAGAGCAGCCAGAUGCGAAUGUUGAACUCAUUCGUGACUCGGCUCGCCUGUUCGUCAGGAAUCUUGCCUACGACAUGACUGAUGCGGAUCUCCAACCACUCUUCUCCCCGUUCGGGAAACUCGAUGAGAUUCAUGUUGCGUUUGAUACUCGCACGGAGACCAGCAAAGGUUUCGCUUACGUCCAGUUUGCCGAUGCUGAUGCAGCCAUCGACGCAUAUCGAGCUCUAGAUGGGAAACAUUUCCAGGGCCGACUUAUGCAUAUUCUUCCCGCAGCUGCGAAGAAAACGUACAAGAUCGACGAAUAUGAAUUAUCCAAGCUUCCUUUAAAGAAACAAAAACAAAUUAAGCGCAAGAUGGAUGCAUCCACCUCCACCUUCAACUGGAAUUCUCUCUACAUGAAUGCUGAUGCUGUAAUGUCUUCGGUCGCUGAACGACUGGGUGUGUCCAAAGCCGAUUUAUUGGACCCCACGUCCUCUGAUGCAGCUGUUAAGCAGGCACAUGCUGAAACGCAUGUCAUUCAGGAGACCAAAGCGUAUUUUGCUUCAAAUGGGGUAAACAUUGAUGCAUUUCAGGGCCGGGAACGUGGCAAUACUGGAAUUCUUGUGAAGAAUUUUUCCUUCGGUGUGAAGUCUGCAGAGCUUAGGAGUCUAUUUGAACCCUAUGGCCAAAUCCUUCGUUUGCUGAUGCCCCCGACCGGGACCAUCGCAAUCGUCGAAUUUGCAAGACCUGACCAGGCCCAAAAAGCAUUCAAGGGACUUGCCUACCGCAAAUUGGGAGAUUCCAUUCUUUUCUUGGAAAAGGCUCCCAAGAACUUGUUUGACGGCACAGUGGCCCCGAAGGCUCUACCCGAAACUCGGGGCAAAACUCAAGGCUUCUCCACUUCGGACACCUUCGCAGCAGAUGAGGCAGAGGAUUCAGGACUGACAUCAACUCUAUUCGUCAAGAAUUUGGACUUCUCCACCACGAAUGAGAAAUUCUUGGAAGUCUUCCGACCCUUGGAUGGCUUUAUCACCGGUAGGGUGAAGACUAAGCCUGAUCCUAAGCGACCUGGUCAGACUCUCAGCAUGGGCUUUGGCUUUGUGGAAUUCAAGACCAAGGCUCAGGCUCAGGCUGCUUUGGCGGCCAUGAAUGGCUACAAGCUUGAUCAACAUGAGCUUGUCAUUCGGGCAUCGCAUAAGGGCAUGGACGCGGCGGAGGAACGGAGACGCGAAGAUACUGCCAAGAAAAUUGCUGCGAGAAGAACCAAGAUCAUUAUCAAGAACUUGCCUUUCCAGGCGACCAAGAAGGAUAUCUGGUCAUUAUUUGGCAAUUAUGGCCAACUUCGUUCUGUUCGGGUGCCUAAAAAGUUCGAUCGCUCAGCCCGUGGUUUCGGUUUUGCCGACUUUAUCAGUGCUCGCGAGGCGGAAAAUGCCAUGGACGCGUUGAAAAACACGCAUCUUCUGGGUCGGCGAUUGGUGCUGGAAUUCGCGAGCGAGGAGGCUGUCGAUCCCGAGGAGGAGAUCGCGAAGAUAGAGAAGAAGGUAGGGGAGCAGGUGGACAGGGUCAAGAUCCAGCAGCUCACUGGCACGGGGCGAAAGAAGUUCACUGUAGGGGCCCAGGAGGACGAGGAAGCAUGA